AAAUUGUUACCGCUGCCCAUUUCAUUUAAUCUCUUCUCAUUACUUCUCUCCAUCUUCUGUCAGCCCUAGAGGAUAGAAAGGAGGGAGCUGUCGAGGGUCUUUUUGGGGGUGGGGGGAGCAAGGGUCCCCCAGGUGUAAACUUGGAAAGGCAGACUCUCUCCCCUCCCUUCCUGCCAUGGAGAAACCCACUUACAAUUCGACUCACAGCAAGAAGGCGAUCCAACCCCUUCAUUAUCUUAGCAGAGCGGAAGCCACAGCUAUUGAGAAGGAGCUGCUGGAAGAGUUUAAAUUUGGCCAUCAGCAGUUAAUUGAGAUCUGGGGUCAUGCUUCUGCCAUGGCAGUGACCAAGGUUUUCCCCAAGCAGUCUCUCUCAAAGAAGCAGCCGACACUAUUGGUGAUCUGUGGUUGUGAACAGAAUGGGGCCAUCGGCCUGGCAUGUGCCCGGCAUUUGCGUGUAUUUGAAUACGAGCCGACCAUUUUCUACCCCAAAAAGUCGUCUAAUCCUCUCUACAGAGAUUUCACCACGCAGUGUGAAAAGAUCGACAUUCCUUUCCUUUCCUACCUGCCAGCAGAGGUGAAAGCUGUACAAGAAUCAGGUUGGGAUGUAGAGAUGGGCAGCAGUGAUGGAAUCAGCCCCGAUGUUCUUGUCUCUUUGGCGGCUCCAAAGCAAUGUGCCACAAGAUUUAUGGGCAAGCAUCACCUGGUGGCUGGGCGCUUCCUCCCUUACGACGUGCAGAAAAAAUUCGAACUGAAUUUGCCAGAAUACCCUGGCACAGAGUGUGUGGUUUCUCUGUAAAGCAGGGGUGUCCAACCUUGGCAGCUUUUUUUAAGGCUUGUGGACUUCAACUCCCAGAAUUCCCCCAACCAACAUGGGGAGUUCUGGGGAGUUGAAGUCCACAGGUUCUUAAAGUUGCCGAGGUUGGACACCCUUUGUUGUAGAGCUUGGAAUCAUCCAGCAGUUUGUGGCUUCUGGAUAUCUUGGCCCUGCUGAGAAUUCCCUGGUUUGCUUCUCUUGAAUGUCAAAACGAGAUCCCCAGUAUUAAUCCGUUCCAUGUCUAGGCUUUGGAAUGUAUAAUAGUAUUGUUUAAUUCAUUGUAAAAAAUCUGGCAAAACCAUUUGGAAGAAACAGAAUGCUCAGACAACUGAGCCACCUAAGGGGACCCCUCCGGAAAAUGUAAAUUAAAAGAGACACACAUAAAUUCCUCUUCAAAUAACUGUUAUGAAACCCAUUAAAAUUCAAGCCAGUUUCUUUUUUUUUAAAUCUGCUGAAAGCUGAUUUAUGUCUAGGUUGUGUGUCUGUCUGUGUGUGCGUGUGUGCUUUUAGGAAAGAAGUUUUUUUUUUAAUGAAGGCACACUCAAUUUUUUAAUUUUUCUUCUUUCUUCCCUGUUGACUCCUCAAAGCAGUCUUUAGCAAUUUAAGCCCAAAAGCUGAUCUAAAUAUAUAUUAUAUAUGUCAUACUUUCAGGGGUAUGUUUUCUCGAGAUGGUCUCACCCAUCUGGGACUAGUCCAUUGCAAUCAAGGUAGGGGUGGCUGCCAGGGAAGUUGCUAAUAUGCUCACCUCUUGCAAAAUUUAAAUAUCUCACCUUACCCUGCCUUCAGAUUAACCCACCUGAAUGGAAAGAUCUCAAUGUAUAGGUGAGGCAAAGGUGCUGGGAAGAGGCAUUCAAGUUUGAUAGGCCUUAAGGAACAGUUUGGGACAGGAGUUGGACAGGGAUGAGCAAUGUUCUAUUUAUUUCUCCUUAUUUAUAUUAAAAUUCUUCCCUCCCCUUCUAAUGUAUACACAUCAUCAAGCAGGAGGUGCUUAAUAUCGAAAAAGUGGAAGGACAACAGAUAGAGCAAUGCUGGGUACAAGUCAGGAGUGGGUUCCAGCAGUCGCUACUGCCGGUUCGCUUGAUGUACGCAAGCCCGCAUGCGCAGAGCAAUAAAAAUUGUUCUGCGCAUGCACAGAACCAAAAAACAAGAUGGCGGCACUAUUGAUGCAGACCGGAGAACUGGCUCGGGGGCGUGGCAGGCUUAGGUCGCUGCCGGUUCCAGCGACCCAGGUCGCCAAACCACUACUGGUUCGGCCCAACCAGUCCGAACUGGUAGGGAUCCACCACUGGUACAAUUGCAACUGGCCUUUUUAAAGCUUUCUCUCCCCGCCUCCACCUUCCCUUCUGUUAAAAUGGACAUACAGGUAGUCUUCGACUUAUGACCGUAAUAAUCGAGGCCAGAAUUAUGGUUGUAAAUCG